ACAGAGUUCAAAUGAGGUUUUUCCAAACGACUUUUUAUGUCGGGGCUUCAGGACACUUGGAUCACUACGGACGAGCAGUAUGGAGAUAUUUUGUGGUUUCAAUUAUGUGUUUUUGGACGUUUGAAUCUGGGGCGCCGUCAGCCUCCAUUAGGUGGAGUUGUGUUGCUACCUCCUCUCCCCUUGGAUCUCUGCAAGUGAUGUGAGGACUCUAAAACUUCACCUGAGCCUCCCUCGGCAUAUGGGUACAGAUUCUUACAACAUGUGACGUCACACAGUGGAUGGACCCAUCAUGACACUUCAGGGCUCAUUGAAAGAAAAAAGAGGGAUGGCAUUUUCUUUCUUCUCUUCCUCCGGCUCCUCGUCACCCAGCUCCUCUUUGUCCUCUUUUUCCUCUUCUUCAUCCUCUUCCUCUUCGUCCUCUUUUUCCUCUUCCUUCUCCUCCUCCUUUGAAGGUUCAGCGAGGAUCUGUCUUAACGGAGGCAGGUCCAUCCCGUCCUUGACCACUGGGGAACACAUGUUCUGUUUGUGUCCUGAUGGUUUCGAGGGGACAAUCUGUGAGACAGUGACAGGUGGUGAAUGUUACGAUGGUGUUGGACUGUACUACAGAGGCAAAGUGUCCAAAUCAGAGAGUGGACGAACAUGUGUGGAGUGGGACUCAGACACCAGGCAGCGGUACAUGUCUUCAGAUGUCAACUCAGGGAGGCACAACUACUGCAGGAAUCUUCACUACAAACGGCGUCCGUGGUGUUACGUGUGGAAAAGACAGAAGCUGAUGUGGGAGUAUUGUGGUAUUCCACGUUGUGGUUCCGACUCGCCUCCUGCCCCACCCACGCCUGCACCCACUGAGCCUGAGCCAGCUGCAGAGUCCACAUGUGGCCAGCGCUCCAGGAGAAAGCUCGUGAAGAUCGUGGGAGGAACAGUUGCCACUGUGGAAUCCCACCCGUGGGUUGCUGCCAUAUUUUGGCGCAGCAAAACCAAGGAGAAGGUUUUCCGCUGCGGGGGGAGUCUGAUCUCAAACUGCUGGGUCCUCUCAGCUGCCCACUGCUUCCCUGACAGCUCCCACAACAAGCCGCGCCGCUUCUCCGUCGUCCUGGGGAAGAAUGUGAUGAAUGAGACGGACAGCGCUGUGGAGCAAACAUUCAAGGUGGAAAAAGUCAUCGUCCAUGACGGGUUCGACAACAGUGACGGAGACUACAACAAUGACAUCGCCCUGCUGAAGCUGAAGGGUAAAAAUGGGAAGUGUGCAAAGGAGACCAAGUCUGUGAGGACUGUCUGUCUGCCGCCGCCUCAGCAGAGACUCCAGGCCGGAGCCACCUGUGAGAUCGCCGGAUAUGGGAAAGAAAAACACGGUUUGUGGUAUAAGUCUCAGUUCCUCAGAGAGGCUCAGGUAAACCUCCUCGCAGAUGAUGUCUGUCGACAGGAGGACUAUUAUGGAAACUUGAUCAGUGAUAACAUGUUUUGUGCCGGUCGCCCCGACUGGAGCCAGGACGCCUGCGAGGGAGACUCAGGAGGGCCUCUGGUGUGCCAGGUCGGCAGCAGGCUCUUCCUGUUUGGAGUCAUCAGCUGGGGGGACGGCUGUGCGAAGGAGAAUCGACCGGGCGUUUACACCACAGUGACCAAUUACAACCAAUGGAUAGCAGAGAAGACGGGGCUGCCAUCCAUCGCUGCCGGCUACAUGUUCCCUCAGAAGUGAAGCGUGAGGACAAGAACUGUUACUGCUGCUGUUUUCUUAUCUCCUCUGUGGCCUUAAAGGACACGGCUGCAAUAUCUUAGAUUUUUCUUAAUAAAUCAAACGAAAACACCAAAACCAAGAAUACCAACAAGUAUUGUGUCGAUCCAUGUUCAAAAAACUACUGACAAGACUCAGUCCUUUUCUUAUUUUCAUCCCUACCACUUAUUAGGAGCACAGUUACAAGAGGUAGUGAAUAAAUUCUUUCCCUAUGAAAUUGGAAACCUUUCAAGACACGAUAUGAUACGUCUUAAAUGGCGUAACAUAAACAGAUGCGAAUAUGAAAGUAACAGUUUUAUCACAGUGACAUUAGCCAUUUAUUUGAUGGAGAUAGUAAAGCAUGAACGCUCUCAUUUUGUUCACAACACGAUCAAUCAAUCAAAUUAAUCAUGAAAUAAAAAAGAACAGCUUCAUUACGAGGCCACUAGCGGUGUUCUGUAGUUACGUUAGCAAUACUGAUUUCAGAGGAGCACUAACAAGUGCGGCAACUUCGCCGUUGGACUGAAGUCUUGUUUCGGGUGUCAUGUACCAUCAAAGAGAAUGCGACAAAGAAAUAUGUCAAAUUGCGGGACUGUCACGCACAAAUCAGCAACAGCGAUGUAACAUUAGCUAGCUAGCUUGUUAGCUACCGAAACAUCAGCAUGCGACUCACUGUUUGUUUUUGUUAUGCUUGUGAUAAGGGAAAGGACCAUAAUACAUUCAACAUGGUUAAACUAAGAUAAUACAAUCAUUAUCGUAGUCUUCAAAUCUUUAUUAACAAAGAAAAUAUAUUUGUGGGUUUCCUUCGUUGCCUCUGCAGAGGUCUCCGAUGACUUCUGACUCGGUUUGAAGUGAGCCUCUGAAAAACCUCUGUCCAAAGAGCCAUGUAGCCCGAACACUUCACACUCACUGUUGCCAACUCCUCAGUAAGAAAAGUAGCUAUUGGUUGUCCUAAAAGUCGCUAGAAGUCGCUAAAUGACAUCAUCGCCUAAUUUGCAUAAUUGUCCAUAUGCAUGUAAUUGUAAUGGCUGCUGUAGGAGAGAGGAAUAACGUCGUGGGAGAGACAAAAAGUGAGUUAAAACCACCCUGAAUAUGUUUAGAACUACAAAUGAACCUUCUUUCAGUGAUUUAUAUUAGACAAAGAAAAGUUUUACAUUUAAAUCCCGCCCUGACUGUAAACCAGGUCGGGAUCAGCCAGUGGUGGUUCUGCGCAAGUGCGAUUCACUUGCAGUCUGGACGCGUAGGGGUUAACAUCUCCUGCUCUGACCGCUGCUGGGAGGGAGGACUGGGCCGUCUGUGAGUGCUUUGGGGCAGGGGAAGGGCCCACGGUAGCAUCCGCUGCUCGUUGAGAAGAAUAAGAAUGAUAUGCGCUUCACGUCAGUCUCCAGAAGUCUUCAAUAACAUCAGAAAAAGUCGCUAGAUUUGUUGCUCGUCGCUUUAUUGAAAAAGAGUCGCUAGAGGGGUCUGAAAAGUCGCUAAAUAUAGCGACAAAGUCGCUAAGUUGGCAACACUGUUCACACUGCAGGAUCAGGACACCCGACCCUGAGUCGUGACCACAGAGAGGUGGGGGCUAAAUGCUAGGAGCAUGGGGUUUAUUGGGAUUACGCCUUAUGUUGCUUUUACAUUAAAUGCGAUGUGAAUGUUCACGUUGCUUUACUUGCGCAAGUUUGAACACUACAAUAUUUUGUGUUGACUUGCUUCAUACAUGCAAAUAACUCCCAGAGGAUCUUAAUGCUGAUUUGCUACGCGUUGUGUAUUGGUCACUGAAUUUCAGAUUUUCCUCGAAAUUGCGCUACUUGUUUAAUUUGCGCCACUUAAUUUGUGUCAUGUGCGUUGUGUCUAUCGCAUCAAUUCUUGUCUAAUCGCAUCUUUACAUUGACUUUACAUGAAUUCACUCGCACUAAAUUUUUUAUUCGCGCCCUGUGUGAGACACAACAUCAUGCUGUAUUCACACCGCAAACCACAACACAACAAAAUAUCUGUGCUUUUAAUGAAUGCCUGAGCCUCAUUUUAACAUCACAUUUCUCCGCCCCAUUUCAACUCCACGUGCACCCCAAUGCACACAAAGCUAGCAUAGCGUCCGCUCAUCCACCUAAAUAACACUGUAACGUUACCACAGCCAGAAACCAAAGCAUGUAACAUAGUUGACACUUCACCGUGUCAUUAGGUUGCUGAAAAAAGUUGAGGCCUGAUUUGUAGUACGUCACGCCCGUCCACAGCAACAAGUGUCAGGCAUCAGUUUUCAUGUCACCGACUUCCAUUAAGAACAACAUGUAGCCUGUUGCUGUGACGCUUGUAGUGUGAACACAGAAUAAGAGUCUACAGCCAUGCGAGAACUACUGUGAGGUGCUUACACACAGUGUUGCUUUGAGCUAAAUGCUAAUGUCAGUAUGCUAAAAUGUUCAUGGUGGCAAUGCUAAUGUUCAGUUUAAUAUCGGUAUUGUCGUGUUAGCAUGCUAAUAAGCACUAAACACAAAGUACAGCUGAGGCUACUGGAAAUGUUACCUCCCUGCUGCCCACUGGAGCAACAAAUGUGGAUUCAUCCACCACUCAAAGUAGUCCCCAACACAUGCACUGUUUCCUUCUCUUUGAGUAGCGUUUAGCAGCCUUUUUAGGAAAUUUCCGAGCUUUUUUAAAAUGUAAAACUUUACCUUUGUGAGCUGUUUUCAAAGAUCUUGAAUCCAAAGUGUUAGAGCCACAGACAGGGUAAAGAAAACAUAAAGUAUUAAGAGAUGUACACGUUGUAAUGCGUUGUUGGUUUUGGUCUUUUCAUGGAAUUUGUUAAAAAUGAGCGAGAUGCAUUAUAUCCAUUUCCAACAUGUUGCAGACAUGCAUGCUGCUGUUUAGAUUUUUUUGGAUGGAUUUAUUUUUCCCACCAUUCCAGGAAGCCACUGGUUUCCAUUCAGUAAUGAAAAAUGAUCCGUAGUUAAACUGCGUUAACCUAUUUCUUUAAGCUUUGUUUCCUUUACCAAAAGUUUAUUUCCAUAAAAACAAUGUGUCAGGGUAUUUUACAUGUAUACAGCUGUUCUGUGGUAUUUGGUAUUUCCUGAUGAUUCUUUCUUAUGUAAAAAAAAAAAAAAAAA